CUGAAACGCGCCGCCACCACAUCUCUCCGCAAUUAUUUGCAUAUCAAUGACAAACGUUCUCCUUUAACCAAUCAGCUUACAGUGGAAGCUCCAUAGCAACAUCCAUUCUAGGCAUGUCAUCUCGCGACCAGACUUUGUAGUGGUGAAAUUCGUAACCGUUAAGGGUUUUUUCAUUUUGUUUUUACAAGGAAUUACUUUAUCUUAUUAUUCGUUUAGACUAUUCCAAAAAAUCGCCAGGAUGGGCUGCGCCGGAUUCACCUGCUCCAAGCACUCCCUCUGUGCGCUCAAUAUCCUCUAUGUUAUGGUGAGUCUGCUGAUGAUCGGCAUUGCUGCAUGGGGGAAGUGGUUCGGCCUGGUGUCCAGCUUCCAGGUGGUGGGCGGAGUCAUCGGAGUGGGGGUGUUCCUGUUCUUGGUGGCGUUGGUCGGCCUCAUCGGGGCCGUGAAGCACCACCAGGUCCUACUCUUCUUCUAUAUGAUCAUCCUCUUCAUGGUGUUCAUCGUCCAGUUCUCUGUCUCCAGCGCCUGUCUGGCCAUCAACAAGGAUCAGCAGGAACACCUGUUGGAGGUGGGAUGGAACAACUCGUACACCACCCAGAGAGAUGUGGAGAAGAGUCUCAACUGCUGUGGCUUCUACUACGUAGACAACAACGGAACCUGCGAUGCUGCCUGUUUCCCCAACCACUCCUGUUCACCGUGUGCUGAGCAGAUCCAGGAGCAUGCAGAAGAGGUGCUGCGCUUCGUGGGCGGGAUAGGCCUCUUCUUCAGCUUCACUGAGAUCCUGGGGGUGUGGCUAACGUACCGGUACAGGAACCAGAAGGACCCUCGAGCGAAUCCCAGUGCCUUCCUGUAACCGUUGGCAACUGCUGGCUUUGUACCCCACUCUUGGAAUGGCCAACUUUCCUCCUGGAGAGCUACUGGUUGUGCAGGCUUUUGCUUCAGCCCUACUCUAACUGUAACACUAAAACAACUGAUUCUAAACAAAUUAGCUGCUCAUCAGAGCCUUGUUCAGCGGAAUCAGUUGUGUUAGUUAAAGCAGGGCCGGAGUAAAGCCUGCACACCAAGUAGAUUUCCAGGUGGAGGAGGGCUAGCCGCCUGUUUUAGGGGCUGUGUUUGUAAAUAAGCGAGUGACUUGUGUGUGUUUUCACCAGCUGUGCAAAGCGGCAGCCCUUUGUGUGGUGUUACAUGAAGUGAUUGUUUUUCCAGAAUGUGGUGUGUGUCUGGAAAAUAACUGGGUCAUGUUCAUUAAGCACCAAACGGAAGAAAACUGACAGAGACAAGAGUAUCUAGCUUCACUUGUCAAAUAGGAAACGCUCCUUUACACUUUCUGUUGCAAAAUGUUUUCCGUGGUGUGCCCUAAUGAACACAACCCUGCUGUAUAUUAAAGAUGCUGCAUGAGCCUAUUACCCUAAUAGGACACCUUAAACCACUCCUGAUCAGAACCGUAUCCUGUAUACACUGAGUGUACAAAACAUUAAGAACACCUUCCUAAUAUUGAGUUGCAACCCAUCCCCCUUUUGUCCUCAGAACAGCCUCAAUUCGUCAGGGCAUGGACUCUACAAGGUGUCGAAAGCGUUCCACAGGGAUGCUGGUCCAUGUUGACUUCAAUGCUUCUCACAGUUGUGUCAAGUUAGCUGGAUGCCCUUUGGGUGGUGGACGAUUCUUGAUACACAAGGGAAAGUGUUGAACAUGAAAAACCCAGCAGUGUUACAGUUCUUGACACAAAUCAGUGCGCCUGGCACCUGCUACCAUACCUGUUCAAAGGAAGGCACAUCAAUCUUUUGUCUUGCAAAUUCACCCUCAAUGUCUCAAUUGUUUCAAGGCUUAAAAACCCUUCUGUACCCAUCAUCUACACUGAUUGAAGUGUAUUUAACAAGUGACCUCAAUAACGGAUCAAAGCUUUCACCUGGAUUCACCUGGUCAGUCUUUGUCAUGGAAAGAGCAGGUGUCCUUAAUGUUUUGUACACUCCGUGUCUAUCCUCUCAUAUACAGAGGCUCAGGCUUUGCAUCUGGUGACAAAUCUCAAGAAAUUAACAUUUUCAGAUAACACAUUUGAUAUUUGAUACACCCUUGAUGGGCAAGCGUUCAGUAUGCUCAGACCUGUAUUAAAGCAUGCGAACUGUGAUGUUGUGACUACUGAAUGACACCUGUAUUACAGAUGGUAGCUGACAUGAUGAAGAACAGUUAGCAUUAUUUUGUGCGCAUGACGACUGAAGAUGUCAUAGAAUAUUUGUACAUUUGAUACACUCAAUAACUGAAGGACUAGGGUGCUGUUGACAAUUGUAUGCUGUAACUACAUAACUACAAAUAUUUAAGCAGCUUGUUGUUGCCUUUACUUUAAGUCAUUAUGUUACACAGCAUUUGCAUUUUUUUUGUGUUCUGAAUGUUGGCAAUGAUGCCUGUUAUCUACUUCCCCAGACUCAAAUGAAUACGUGGAUACGGUUUUAUGUCUCUGUGUCCAUUAUGAAGGAAGUUAGAGGUUGUUUUGUGAGCCAUUGCUAACUAGCAUUAGCGCAACGACUAGAAGUCUUUGGGUAUCUACUAGCAUGCUAGCAGAUACCCAUAGACUUCCAGUCAUUGCGCUAGCGCUAGUUAGCAACUUCCUUCAAACUGCACGCAGACACAUAAAAAGGGUAUCCAUGAAUUCAUCUGACUCUGGGGAAGUAGAUAGAAGGCCUCAUUGCCAAACUCCUAAAGUAUCCCUUUAAGAGUCAAUUGCUCAUGCCGUCUGAAUAUCAUCAGUAUGAAAUGCUUGGGAAGACUGACUGACAUGUGAAAGAAGAGAUGCGCUUUGUUCUGCUGAUAGUGUUACAAAGCCUGACAGUUGAUUGUGUAUGCGUGUACAUAGGUGCGCGUGCUCGUAUGUCUGUUGUGUGCUGUUGUAUCAGUUACCUUGGCUUGUGCCUUGCAUGUCUCCUCUACUAGUGUGUACUGCUGCUUCCACCGCACUGGUGGUUCUGUGAACUACAACAUACCUUUGUACAAGAAAUCUCAAUAAAAAUAGAAAAGUAAAAAAAUAUAUAUUUCAUA